AGCUAAUAGCUUUGCUGUAAAAACAUGUCACCAGGAUAAAGACAAUUUAAAAUGACUGUGACAGUAGCCAACAAGUACACGCUUAUGCGUGCCCUGGGAGACGGAACCUAUGGGUCGGUGUGUCUAGCUAAAAAUGUAGAUUCCGGAGAACAAGUAGCAGUUAAAGUAAUGAAACGAAAGUAUAAAUCAUGGCAAGAAGCUAUGGAUCUCAGAGAAGUAAAAUCCCUAAAGAAAUUAAAUCAUGCCAAUAUCGUGAAGCUGAAAGAAGUCAUCAGAGAAAACGACACCUUGUAUUUUAUAUUUGAAUUUAUGAAAGAGAAUUUAUAUCAGAUGAUGAAAGCCAGAUACGAAAAGAACCGGUAUUUUCAAGAUAAUUCGAUAAGGAAUAUUAUGUUUCAAGUGUUUCAAGGUCUUUCCUUCAUGCACAAACAUGGUUAUUUUCAUCGGGACAUAAAACCAGAAAACCUUCUGUGUAACGGUUCGGAAAACGUAAAGAUAGCAGAUUUUGGAUUAGCACGUGAGAUCAGAUCCCGUCCACCGUACACUGACUACGUGUCCACAAGGUGGUACCGUGCCCCCGAGGUUCUCCUCCGCUCCACUAACUACAGUUCUCCUAUUGACAUAUGGGCAUGUGGUGCUAUUGUAGCAGAGUUAUACUCUCUUAAACCACUCUUCCCUGGUAGUUCAGAGGUUGAUGAGAUAUUCAGAAUAGUCAGAGUAUUAGGAACACCGUCCAAAGACGACUGGCCAGAGGGACUGAAACUAGCGCAGUCCAUGAACUUCAAGUUCCCACAAUGUGUACCGACUCCUCUUAAGACCCUCCUCCCGAACGCCAGCGCUGAGGCUCUCCAACUCAUCCAGGACUCCUUGGAAUGGAACCCCAACAAGCGCCCCACCGCCGCACAGUGCCUCAAAUAUCCCUACUUCCAAGUUGGCGCAGAUAUGCCACGCUCCAACUCUCAGUUCAGAUCGAGGACGAUGAGGCGACGCGCGAGCGGCAUGCUCGGCACUAUCGGACGCCGCGAGAGCAACAUGUCCAUGGGAGCCGAGAAACAUGCCCCAGAUGCUAAAUUAAUAUCACGGUUGACGGAUGGUCACAAUGAAAAGGUUUCCGCUCCAAUCAGGCAGAAUAUCCUUCCAAGUAUCGGAGUACCCUCUACAACCACGAUAUCGACCCAACAACGAGGCUCAGCGCGGAGAAAAUGGAAUGUGUCAAUGAACGACAGCAUCGACAAGGCACUCGACGAUCUAGAUGAUUUGGACUUUAACGACAGUAUAGUCAAGGCCAAGCCAAAGACCGAGCAAGUUCAGGGUAUAAAGGCGAACCAGGGUUUUCAGCCAAUCGCUAGAUUCACAUUCAGGACGAACCAAGCGGCAAGUGGCUUGAAUAUUUCCAACGCCUCAAAGUGGAGUGGGUCUAGCGGCAAAUCGACCAAACCUCUCGAUUAUUACCGAGGACAAGCCCGUUACCGAGUGGGACAGAGCACCAAUCUGAGUAACGACGGUGAACUACCUCCCCUCGCCAAGAAGCCCUCCAUUUCAUAUUUCCCUGUAUUCGGCAAUAAUGCAGCUAAAAAUAAAGUCGCAGCGAACACAGGACCCGCACAACAGCCACAGUUUGGGCGGCGUGCUCACUUACCCGGCAGAACGGACUGGACAAGCAAAUAUAACCGCAGCUGAUCAGGCGAUAUUAUCUCAUAUCUCCUCAGUUGGUAUUAGGGGAUAUCAUUUCAUAUCUCCCCCUAUUUUGUAUUGAUGUGUGAAAUUAAAGAUAACUCUUUUAAUUGAAUGAACGUUUCUACUCAUUUUUUGAGAUUUUCCACUGUUUGUCGCUGGCGAAUUGUAUGAAUAUCAGUUACGUAGGAUGGUAGAUAUCGCAUACGUAGGUUUAAGUAUAUUACGACUUUUAUGGAAUUAUCAGAAAUAUAAAUUAACCGGUAGGAAUAAAUACGGUGCCGAGCUCGGAAGAAAGUGAUUGUUAAUUAAGUACCUUUUAGAUUAAUGUGAGAUUCGUGACAAAUCAAUGAUUGAAAAGGGAUUAAUUGAUUACUUAGUUCGUAAAUGAUCUGAGAGGGGGGUCUAUUUAUUGAGACGUAUUUUAAUGUAAAAAUAUGUAUAUAUGACUAAGUUAUGUCAACGGUUUUGGAGUGUUAAGUUAUUUGCUUUAUUUGUCAUAACAUCAUACAAUAUACAUAUUAGAAGUAUUCAUAUUAAAUCACGAAUAAUUGUUAUAAGUAAUAGCUGGGUUAAGAAUGACGGGGAAAGCUCUUUCCCUGUUCCUCAUGGAUUUUUGUAAACGAUAUAAUAUGUCAUAUCCAGUGCAUACAAUGCAUCCAACAAUGCUAGAUAUAUUAUUUGAUAUUUCCCUAUUCUUAAUCUAUCUUCUUUUGAAAUUAAUAUAACUGAGAAAACGGAAGGGAUUACUAAUUUGGCAUUCGAAAAUCAGAUUAUUAAAUUUUGUCUUAUAGUUGAGACUCGGUGUGAGACAGCAUUUUAGAUGUGUAAAAAUUGUGUUUAUUGAUUUUAUUCACCGAAUCGACGUACUUUCUAUUCGAUGA